AACAGAGGUUUAGUAUCUCUGCGUAAAUUACACGAUCAAAAUGGACAAUUUUUACUCCCAUAAUUUCAUUGGUUUCCUACUUGCAAUCCUUAUAGUCUAUGCAGCGGCCCAACCGCUGCAACAAGAAGCCCCCGAAUCCAAACUCUCCGAAAAUGGACGCAUUGUUGGCGGCUAUGCAGUGGACAUAACACGUCAUCCCCAUCAGGUGUCGCUGAGACAUAAACUCCUCUCUUCAUGGCAAUAUGCCCAUAUGUGCGGUGGCAGUAUUGUCCGUGAAGAUGUCAUUGUCACCGCUGCCCAUUGUGUGAAUAAUCGUAAGGCGAAAAAUUUCAUAGUUGUGGCUGGAACUGUAAAUCGUGCGGGCAGCGAUGGCUUUGUGGCACGUGUGGAGAAAAUUGUCCAGCAUGAGAGCUAUAAUUCCUCCAUAACAAACAAUGAUGUAGCCCUGCUAUUCCUGGCCACACCAUUGCCAUUGAAUGGUGUAACCAUGGCCGCUGUUGAACUGGCCAAAAAUGUUCCGGUACAGGGCUCAAAAUCUGUUAUCAGCGGCUGGGGCACCACUGCUCCUGCCGGCUCAGCUUCAGAUACGCUUUUGGCUGUCGACGUGCCCAUUGUGGAAAAUGAACGUUGUGAUGCGGCUUAUGCUGUUAGUUAUGGCCCGGGACGCAUUACCGAUGCAAUGCUUUGUGCUGGCGUUGAAGGUGUCGGCGGCAAAGAUGCCUGCCAAGGUGAUUCGGGAGGUCCCCUCUUGGUGCAGGGCAAAUUGACGGGUAUUGUUUCGUGGGGUCGCAGCUGUGCUUUGCCUGAUUUUCCCGGUGUCUAUGCCAAUGUGCCGUACCUCAGGGAAUGGAUAUUGCAAACAAUUGAGGCAAAUGUGAAAAAAUAAUCGGAUGUUUUAGAUUUAAAUAAAAAAAUGUUUUAUAAAAAUGUGAAAUUUAUUUUUUUAAAGAAAUAUUG